CUUCACACUUACUGCAGGUAAGAGUCACUGCAGAAGGAACCUGUCAAGAUGAGGUGGUGUGUUGCUGUUCUCCUGACACUUCUGCAGCUGUGCAGCCCGGCGCUACAGUCUGACCCGCUGCUCUACGUUUUCCAGCAGCAGGAUGGGGAAGAAAAACCCAGCAAGCCAUGGCUUAACCCCACCUUGGGAAAUGUUGUUCCUUCCCGGGGAGCUCUCAGCCCUCCUAAAGUUGCAGAAACCUCAGAAACUGAGACGACUUCACACUCAAGCCCCAUGUUUGGUGAACAUGUCAACCUUAGGUGGGUCACAUGGAGCGGUUCCCUCCCAAAUGGCGCUGUUGCCAUCUUCAACGGCUACACCGAACGUACCGACUAUGUGUGCAAAGUCAACUGUGAGGCUGGUUUCUACACUCCCAGCAAAGGGAACUUCUGCCAGUACCCCUACGCUGACAAAGAGUAUGCAUCCUCCAAGUUCGAAAUCCUGGUUAACGUGGACCACUUUGAGUUCCUGCAGUGGGUUGAAGAUUCAUAUGGCUCUGUUCCUGAGUAUGCCAUCAAAACCUGUCCCAACUCAGACAUAUAUGUGGGUAAGAAUAAGUAUGGUCUUGGUAAAGUGGUGACCAAACAUGAAGCCUUCUUCCUCCCCUGGGAGGGCGAUGAGUACUGGUACAAAAACUACCAGGUGCUUGCUAUCAACAGAGACAGCUACAACCAGCACAUCUCUCAUGUAGAGUAUGCCAUUGACCAGAUGGAGCUGUUCCACCAUCCUCCAGAAGCCCUGAAGCUCACUAAGGUCACCAACCUGGAGUGCAGAGAUGUGGAGAAGACAGUGACACUGGAGAAGACCAGUACAGUGGAGAAGAAAUGGGACAUCGGCAGGGAGACCCGCAAUGGCUCUGUGUCCACCAUGACAGCCAAAGUUCCUAUCUUUGGUCCGGGUAAUGUGGAGUUGUCCAAGGAGCAGACGGUGACCUUCUCAAAGGGGACCACCAUUGUGGAGUCAAUCAGUCACACUGUCUCUGUGGAGCUGCUGGUCCCACCCAAUCACUCCUGCACCGUGAGGAUGGAUGGCAGAAAGAUGAAGGCUGACAUCCCUUUCACCGGCCGGCUGAGCAGGACCAACCACAACGGAGACACCCACUGGACCUACAUCACAGGCACCUAUGACGGCGUGAGUGUUGGCGAAAUCAAUGCUGUGGUGGAACGGUGUCAGCCAGUGCCUGAUGCUGUCCCCUGCUCCCCAGAUCAAAACUGAUGAUGAGUCUGCUGAUGCUUUGUUUUUCAAAUAAAGCGCAAUCAAAAUUCAAGGUGAAUCGUUGUUUUGUAUUCUUUAAUUUUUGGAGGAUUUAAAAGAGUUUUGACUCAUUGAGCUCCAAAGCCCUACUGCUUAUUUUGAUAUCUACACACUAAUUUUAAACAUGUGGCAUCAAUCUUUUAGGAUUACAUGAACUGCUAUAGUUUACUUCCUCUGUUGCGCAUUUGGUUGCCUAACCAAUAAACUUGCAAACUUGUUCUUCGUCUUUUUUCAGAUGCUUCCUUUAGCAGUCACCAAAGCAGACCAUCUGUCUCUAUCUCACCCUAUCCCUAGCAUCUUCUUCUGUCACAUCAGGCCUCUGCAUGUCCUUUUUCAGUACAUCCACCCAUGAUCUGUCACUGUGGCACUCCUAAAAAAAUUUUGCUGUUCAUCCGUUGAUGAAAAGUUUCCAAAAGUUAAAGUGAAAGGGAAAUUGCCAGAAAUUGAGAAACUACU